AUGGCCGACUACCGCAAGUGGGACGGCGUCGGCGACAGCGAUGAUGAGCAGGAGGAGAAGCAGGAUGCGCCAGAGCAGGCAGAGAUCCAGCACGAGGGCGAGGGGCAGCUGCAGCGGGAGGCGGAUCGCUGGCUGAGGACGCACAUCUCGGUGCUGCACCAGGGCUCCGUGCCUGCCCGGGGGGCGCCCCCCGAGUUGGAUGAGCUGGCCCCGCCCCGCCCGGUGAGCGACGAGGAGCGGCUGGUGCUCGCGCGGCUGAUGCACCCCCGCCUCUCACGCGCGACGACAACUGCGCCAGGCACCACGACAUACUGA